AUGAGUAAUCCAUUCUUGUUUACAUCUUCAUUGGGAAAUAUAGGAGGAGGAGGAGGAAGAGGAGACUCUGAUGAUGAAGACAAUCUUUAUCAAAGUAGUAGUUCAUUCUCUUCUUCUAACAUUAACCGAGGAGGAGGAGGAAUGAGUAAUGGUAUUAGUAGUGGUAGUAGUAGUUUAUUCGAUACAACAUCUUAUCAAAACCCUUCUUUAUGGUCAACAUCAAAUAAUAACAAUAAUAAUCAAACAAACAACAACAAUUUGUUUAAUUCAACAUCUACAUCAUUUAAUAUAAAUAACUUACCUGAAGAAGAUGGUGACGAUGAUAACAACAACUUUAGAUCUCAACAACAAUCACAACAUAGAUAUGAUCAUCUUGAACAUGAUCAAGAUCAAGGUAUGAUGGAAGACGAAGAUAAUGACAUUAUCGAUGAAUUAUCAGAAUUUCAAAACAAGAAUGCAAAGAGUGAUGAUCAUCAAUACUAUGAUAUCAUUGAAAAGGAAUUAAAUAAUAAUAAUAUCGGUGAAAAUGAUUUACCUUUACAAUUGGCUCAAUUAUUUAGAUCUUAUUGUGAAUCAAAAUUAAAUUCAUUACAAUAUCAAAUAGAGAAAUCAUUUUAUUUACCAAAUAAAAAUGAAACUGAAAGAUUAAUAGAAAUAUUUAAAAUGGAAAAGAAUACAUGGGAGAUUUUAUUUAAACUUUAUCAUCAAAGAGAUAGAUCAUCAAUGGAAACUGAUAAAUUAGAAAAUCUUGAUAUAACAUCACAAGUUAAUACUAUUCAAUAUAAUAUUCAUAAAGAUAGUCAAAUGAGUGAAAAUAUUAUUAUAUUGGAUUGGUUGGAAGAGAUGGUAUCAAAUGUUAAAUUAAAUGUUGAUAAUGUCUAUUGGAAGAAUACAUUGGAACGCUUAAAGGGUGGACAUGUUCGUACACACUCUUCUCCCAAAGAAUCUGAAUUGGUCAAAGAAGUUGAUCCAGAUGCUGUUCAACGUCAAACUUUGAAACUUGAUCACGAAGAUCAACAACAAGAAAACAAAUUCCUACAAACUCUUUGGCAACUCAUUCGAGCAGGUAAUCGUGAACUUGCAGCAGAGUUUUGUCGUGAAGUUGGACAAAUGUGGCGUGCUCAAACUCUUUUGGGUGAUCGUUUAUACGAUAGUGAAUCGGAUAUUGGUAAUCCCUAUAGAAACAUGUGGAGAACCACUUGCAAUGGAAUGAGCGCAUCGACUGCCAAUCAAUUUGAAAAGGCUAUCUAUGGUUUGUUGGGUGGCAAUUUACCAUCGGUUCUUCCAGUCUGUCGUAAUUGGUAUGAUUAUUUAUGGGCUCAUGUAAAGGUAUUGGUAGACGAGAAAAUGAAUCAAGAGAUUCAAGGUCUUGCUGCUCCUCCAACUGCCUAUGAAGAUUUUCCACCUCCCAAACCAACCAUUUCAACCAUCUUUACUCCAAAAGAUAUCCUCCACACUCUUCGUACAAAUGCUCCAACUGAAAUUAAAACUGAAUCAAAUCAACCUUAUAAUUUAAUUCAAGAAAUGAUCAUUACCGAUGAUUAUAUUACUUUAGUAAAAUCUUUAUUAAAUAUUAUUAAUUCAAAACAAAUAACACCAGAAUUUAAUAGAUUAGCAGUAGUUAUAGUAUUAUUUUUUAGAUUUAGAUCACCAAAUAUACCAACAUCAAUUGAUGAAAAUUCACCAGAAAAUGUUAUUAUCAAUACCUAUGUUGAAUAUUUGAUUGAAAAUCAAAAGAAUGAUUUGGUAGCAUUGUAUACAUCAUUCCUUACAUGCAAGAAACUACAAAUCAAGGUUUAUUCCAAGUUUUUGGAAGGUAUUACCAGUCAAUCGGAAAGACAACAAUGUUUGGAUUUGGCUGAAAGAUUUGGUUUGGAUACUGAUACUAUUACCUAUACCGUUGUCAGCAAUAUUACAUCACAAGAGAGUACCAGUAAAUCAUUGUCGACCACGACACAAGAUGAUAUCAACAAAAUCGAUGCUCUUGGUUAUUUGGUGAUUAGUCCCUCUCAACUCAUUGGUGCCAUUGCUCAAGCCAACAAACUUCUCAGAGAAUUUAUCAAAAACAACAAGAUUGAUGCUGCUCAUCAGCUGAUUGGUUCAUUGCCAGAGGAUUCUGUCAUUAAAGCAAGACUUGAAAGCACAAGAUCCGAAGCUGAAACCACCGAUAUUAUCAAAGAGUUUACAAAUUGGGCACAAUAUUUGGCAGCCAUCAACAAGAUUGCCAUUUGGUUCCAAAACUUUUCAAAACGUCCUACUCAACCAACUCUUUACUAUCGUCUUACUGGAAAAGAGUCUUAUGCCCAAAAAUUGGAUCUCGAAAGAAGAAAAAAGGAUAUCGAAGAGGAAUAUGCUAGAUGGAGUCAAAAUAAUUUAAAUUAUGGUCACAAUGCAAUUGAUAGUAUCGAUAUUAUUAUUAAACAAAGUUGGUUGUGUCCUGAAGACUAUCCAGAUGGAGUAUUUGCCGGUGGCGAGGAACAAGAGUUGAAACAAUUGCAUGCACUCCGAGUCAGUUGUAUCCCACCACUCUUUUUCACACUUCACAAGAUUCUUGUUGGUAUCGAACAAAUCAAAAAGAGUGUAAGAAUUGUAAACAUUGUCGCUGAAGAACGAUUCAAAUGGUACAAUGUGUUUAGUCGUGCUCAACUUCAAGAACUCUUACAACUCACAGUCAAAGAUAGUAUUUAUAAAAUGAUGGAAAAGACAAACAAAAAUGAUAAACAAGAUAAUGGACAAAAUUUCUAUCAACAAUUUGAUUAUCUUCAAUAUUCAAAUUAUUAUUAUUUAAAUAAAUAA